AUGUCUUGGUUCAAAGGCAAAGAGAAAGCUCCUCGUUCAAAGGAUGCUGGUAACCCAUCCGUCUCUCAAUCAGACACUUCGCCUGCUAGCACAAGCACUGGUUGGGAGAAGGCCCGUGACACUGCGAUUCCGAUCCUCGAACUCGUCGCCAACAUCGCAGAAGGUUCUGAUGCGCUUGCCUCUCUCAAAGCAGCAUGUAAAGCUACAAAGCAGAUACUCGAGAUGACGCGCGCCAUCCAGAACAACAAGAAGGAUUGGGGGCGUCUCGCUGAACGUCUUCAAGGUCACCUAGAAUCGAUGGAGCACCAGAUCACCAUCUUUGAAGGGUAUCCCGAGGAGAAGCGCCAGGCGGAUAACUCUUUGCGAGACCCGCUACUGGCCUAUGUCAGGCAGGUUUUGUGCUUUAGUCCAAUGGAUUCGACUUACACAACGAACAGAAAGCUCGACGAAAUACAGAAAGCGGUCGAAGCCCGAACACGUUCGCGGCUCUUGUCUCGAGCAACAAAAGUGGACAUGGACGCCAGUGAUAUUCAAGACUUUCAUCAAGAUAUCGAUGACUGUCAUCAAAGACUCACGGCCGCUUUAGCCGUAUCCACUUCACUCCAUGUCCAAGCCGUCAAAGGUGACACCGAGGCUCUGAAAGGGGAUACACAACUCAUCAAAGAGGAUGCUAAGACUCUAUUGAAAGAUGUGGAUAUGAUUGCCAUCGCACAACUUCCAAUCGUCCUCUCGACUUCGUCUAUGGUGCACAAUCCUUGCAAUCCGGGAACUCGGGUCGCCGUUCUCGACACCAUCCGCCGUUGGGGAGAGGGCGAGUUCUCGGAACCCAUCUUCUGGCUUUGCGACAUUGCUGGUUCUGGUAAAUCUACAGUAUCGACCAGCAUGGUCACAACCUGGAAGGAAGCGGGCCUACUCGGGGGACAGUUCUUCUUCUCGAUGACCGCAAGCGAGGAGUCUACCAUUGCCAAGAUGUGCCCGACCUUUGCCAGGCAAAUGUUUGAGCGCAUCCCAGCGUUAGCACCGUAUGUUAUAGACGCAGUCAAACAGCACCCCGCGAUUAUGACAGAUACUUUCGAGGAGCAGUUCAAGAAGCUAAUCGUUGGGCCGAUCACGCAUCAUAGGAAGCCAGUCAUUAUCAUCAUCGACGCACUUGACGAGUGUCGAAUUCCGAGAGAACGGGAGCAGCUUCUGCGAGGAUUCUCACUUGCCGUCCGAAGCUGCCCUAACCUCAGAAUCUUCCUUACGAGUCGACCAGAGCCCGACAUUGAGAGGCUGUUGGGUCCCCUAGCACUCAAGAGGAAGCUCGAGUUUCGCCUUCAUGACGCGAGCUACUCGGACAAUGUGGAUGAUGUGGCGACAUAUAUCCACGAGACGUUGAGGGGAUCAAAUGGACUGUUCAUCUGGGCCAAGACGGUUUGCCAGAUGUUCGAUCCGGAGAGACGAUUUGAACCCCCAGACGUAGUUUAUGAGAGAGUAGCCUCUCGUGAACAUUCCAGUGAUAUUGACUCGAUCUACCAACUUAUCCUCGAGCGCAUAGAGCCUCCAAAUGCUCUUCAAGCUGCAUAUAAGCUACUUGGAGUGCUGGUCGCAGCCUUCGAGGCUCUUACCCUCGCAGGCUUGAGCAAGAUUUUGGAGGAAAUGGGACAACGAGUGGAUGUGGCCAACCUGAUCAAACGGCUGGGUAACGUCUUGCACGUGGAACCAGUCACGACCCUCAUUCGAUUCCGUCAUCCGACCUUUGUCGAAUAUCUUGAGCGAUGUAGCAGCUCGGGAGAUUAUAUCAGCUUGACCAAAUGUCACGCCGAGCUUGCACGAUGGAGUCUGAAGACAAUGAGCACAGGGCUAAAAUUCAACAUAUGCCAGAUCGAUUCAUCAUUUGCUCCAAAUAGAGCCAUACAAGAUUUCGAGGACAGGGUCUCAAGGUUUAUCCCGCGCGAACUCCGUUACGCCAGCUCUCAUUGGCUAUUCCACCUCUCCAAAAUGGACGACUCAUCUCGGCAGAUACAGUCGCACCAAAUUCAAUAUGCACUUCAAAGCCCGCAAGUUCUAUAUUGGGUUGAGGUUGUGGGUGCCAUACUGGGAGUGCCACGAGCAAUAACUGGUUUACGAUGUGUUGCUUCAUAUUUCAAGGGCGAAAUACAUGAACGCAUCGAGGACACAAGGCGGUUUAUGAUGGCCUUUUCGACCCCAAUCCAAGAGAGUCUUCCUCACAUUUACAUUUCAGCACUUCCAUUCACUCCGAAAAAGUCAAAGCUGUAUACUGAAGGCCUAAAAAAGUAUCCAAACUCUCUCACUGUGGCUCAAGGAGUCAAGGAGAUGUACCCUGGCCUCCCCAGAAGUCUUCGAGGUCAUGAAUCGCCUGUUAUGGCGGUCGGAUUUUCUCCAGACGGGUCUAGAAUUGUCUCUGGCUCAUGGGACAAAACGAUUCGAUUGUGGGAUGCGGACACUGGUCAGCCAUUGGGAGAACCGCUUCGAGGCCAUGAACGCCAGAUCACGGCGGUCGCGUUCUCGCCGGACGGCUCCAGGAUUGUCUCUAGCUCGUAUGACGAGACAAUUCGAUUGUGGGAUGCGGACACCGGCCAGCAGUGGGGAGAGCCACUUCGAGGGAAUAACUGGGGAGUCACCGCCGUCGCGUUCUCGCCAGAUGGCUUGAGAAUCGUCUCUGGCUUCACAUAUGGGGAAAUCCAAUUGUGGGAUGUGAACAUUGGUCAGCCGUUGGGAAAGCCACUCCAAGGCCAUAUACACGCUGUCACCUCCGUUGUAUUCUCUCCAGAUGGCUCGCAAAUAGCCUCCUCGGGGGACCGGGCGAUUAGAUUAUGGGAUGCAAACACUGGUCAUCCCUUGGAUGGCUUGAGAAUAGCCUCUGGCUCAGAUGACGAGACAAUUAGAUUGUGGGAUGCCAACACUGGUCAACCAUUGGGAGAGCCGCUCCGAGGUCAUGAAAGGAGUGUCAGGGCAGUCAUAUUCUCGCCAGAUGGGUCCAGAAUUGUUUCUGGCUCACAUGACAAGACGAUUCGAUUGUGGGAUGUAGACACUGGUCAACAGCUGGGGGAGCCACUCCAAGGUCAUGAAGACGGAGUUAUGACGGUUGGAUUCUCACCAGACGGCUCCAGAAUUGUCUCUGGGUCAUGGGAGCAUACAAUCCGAUUGUGGGAUGUGGACACCAGUCAGCCAUUGGGAGAGCCGCUCCAAGGUCACGAGGGAAAUGUCAUGGCAGUUUCAUUCUCACCAGAUGACUUGAGAAUAGUCUCCGGCUCAGACGACAAGACUGUCAGAAUGUGGGAUGCAAAAAAUGGUCAACCACUAGGAGAGCCACUCCAAGGCCAUGAACGCGGGAUCACGGCGGUCGCGUUCUCGCCGGAUGGCUCCAGGAUCGCCUCUGGCUCAUAUGACCAGACAAUUCGAUUAUGGGAUGCGGGUACUGGCCAAAUGUGUGGAGGACCACUCCGAGGUCAUAAAGGGGGGGUCAUGGCAGUUGCAUUCUCGCCAGAUGGCUUGAGAAUAGUCUCUGGUUCGGAUGACAGGACAAUGCGACUGUGGGAUGUGGGCACUGGUCAACCAUUGGGAGUGCCAUUCCAAGGUCAUGAAAAAGGUGUCACAGUGGUCGCAUUCUCGUCAGAUGGCUCCAUAAUUGUCUCUGGCUCAAAUGAUUACUCGAUUCGGUUAUGGAAUGCGGACACUAGCCAGCCAUUGGGAAAGCCAAUCAUAUGUAAAGGCUCUGUCUGGGCGGUCGGAUUCUCCCCAGAUGGCUCCAAAAUUGCUUCUGGUGGGUGGGAUCAGACAAUUCAAUUGUGGGAUGCAGCCACUGGCCAACCAUUGGGAAAGCCGCUCCAAGGUCAUAAAGGGGGGAUCAUGGCGGUAGCAUUCUCACCAGAUGGCUCAAGGAUUGUCUCCGGCUCGCAAGACCACAAGAUUCAAUUUUGGGAUGCAAACACUGGUCUGCCGUUGGGAACGGCAAUCCGAGGUCAUGAAAAUGAAGUCGGGGCGGUCCAAUUCUCACGAGACGGCUCUAAAAUUGUUUCUGGCUCGCAUGACAGGACGAUCCGAUUGUGGGACACAGACAUUGAUACAGAUGCAAAGGGCUCUAAUCAACGUGGCAAAGGGCUCACAUAUUCUGACGGCGGUGACCAAUCACCGGGUAUCCCCCUAGGAAACCUUGCUGGAUUCAAGCGGUGCUCAUUAUUGCCUGAUGGCUGGGUGCAAUCUUCCGGUAGACUUCUCUUCUGGGUACCACCAGAGAAUCGACAUGGCCUACAACAUCCACAGCUCCUUCUAACCAUUCCAACAACAAGUUUGCUGCGCGCGACCAUACUUGAUUUUACACAUUUUAAAUGCGGGCCCUCUUGGACAGCCGUUCGAGGCAAUUCCUAA